CUAACAGACUGGGAUUUUGGCAAAAUGAGGACACCACUGUGUACGAAAUAGCUACAUCGAUACGUUUUUAGAUUAACUUAUCAGUAUUUUCCACAUACUGCUGCGUAACGCGCAAACAGAGAAACCCCAUCGCUAAAUUUCUCAUUUGUCUUACAAAAACGCGUUUAAAGGCAUUAUUUUGUGAUAGGACGGAAACAUGCUACAACUGAUUUUACCUUUAAAUCUAGUUGGUUCAUAUAUAAUAUCAUCAUUGUUAAUAAAUCUUAUGGCCAAAACCUUUAUUCAUUACCAUGAUGAACAGGUUCAAACCAUAUUGGCUGCAGUUCUGCACUGAAAUAUAUGUAUGUGUACUUUAUAUACAUUACUGUGUGUCUUUUUUGCGUAACGUCCUGACAAUUCGAAUUUGUUGAAUAUGAUCUUGAAAAAACAGUCAAAGCAAUAGUGAGUGCUAGCUAUUUUUAUCAAUGUGAUGCUAGUAAAAGCUAAUUAUUUAUUCUCGUAAGCAAAUAUCGUCUAACUUCAUAAAAGGACGCGGAACAGUGCGACCAAGUGCGACCUGUAUGCAGAGCGCGCAGGUUGAAGUGAGGGUUGGACAGUGUCUCAAAGCGAGCUCAGGGUCCCUGGUCUCUUUUAUAGAAGAGGUUGGGCUCCAUAUAGGUCGGGCUUUGCAUAUGUGUAAUCAAACCAAUGAGAAUCCCCUGCGCGUCUGGCACACGGCAGUGAGGCAGCGCAACAAACUCUGGGAGGAAGAGAAGCGAUUGUAAUUUAGGGGGUGUAUCCCUUGUUUAAGACGCUGUUAUGGCAAAGCCAAUCGCCAGAUGUUUGUGUUUCUUACUCAGAUUUUGAGACUAAGCAGAACGCCGGUUACUACGCGGAGGCUCAUUCGCUUAUCCAAGGCACUUUUAGUUUAAGUACACAAACGAUCUGCGCUCCAUCUCUCUCACUCACAUACGCACGGGAUUACGCCAGUUUGGUCGUCUAUUUUGAGGAGCAGCAACGUUUUUUCUGUCAUUCUUUAACAGGCUGAAGGAAAUGGCAAAGGAGAGAGGACCACGUCUGGCAGAGAGCAGAGAAAACCAGAGCUGAAUGGCAGGAUGCAAGCGACCUGAAGACGCGCAAAACCUCACAUUUCUACAACGAGCCUUUUUACGCGUUCUGUUGGUUUCCUUCAUUUCAAACAAGAGACCCGCGAGUGGAUUUAUCUCUAUACGACCAAUUACGGAUUUUCCUUUUUCUUAAUUUUUCAUUUUUUAUUAUUUUUCACACCCUGAACUCCAGGAGUCGAGGAUGCAUUGUGGAUUAGUGUUGAUCCUUUUUACGGGAAUCUUUCUCAUCGCCAAUGCUAUUAAAAAUGACAAAUGUGGGGAUAAUAUAAGAAUAUCUAGCGCAAAUUACCUCACCUCACCCGGUUACCCGGUGUCUUACUACCCGUCUCAAAAAUGCACGUGGGUGAUUACAGCUCCCGGUCCGAACCAGAGGAUUCUGAUCAACUUCAACCCGCACUUUGACCUGGAAGACCGGGAAUGCAAAUAUGACUAUGUGGAGGUGAGGGAUGGGGUGGAUGAAAGCGGUCAGCUGGUGGGGAAGUACUGCGGGAAGAUCGCCCCCUCUCCAGUAGUCUCCUCUGGGAAUCAGCUUUUUAUCAAGUUUGUGUCCGACUACGAGACCCAUGGGGCAGGCUUCUCCAUCCGAUAUGAGGUCUUCAAAACAGGUCCGGAAUGUUCCAGGAACUUCACCUCCAACAAUGGAGUCAUCAAGUCUCCUGGUUUUCCGGAGAAGUACCCCAACAACCUGGACUGCACCUUCAUGAUCUUCGCCCCCAAGAUGUCGGAAAUCGUUCUGGAGUUCGAGAGCUUUGAGCUAGAGCCGGACACGCAGCCGCCCGCCGGAGUGUUUUGCCGCUACGAUCGCCUAGAGAUUUGGGACGGAUUCCCCGGAGUUGGUCCAUAUGUUGGCAGAUAUUGUGGGCAGAAUACACCGGGUCGCAUUAUUUCCUACACUGGAAUCUUGGCUUUGACAAUCAACACAGAUAGCGCUAUUGCUAAAGAGGGAUUCUCCGCUAACUUCACUGUAUUGGAAAGGACAGUCCCAGAUGACUUUGACUGCACUGAGCCCCUAGGCAUGGAAACCGGUGAAAUCCAUUCGGACCAGAUUGCGGCUUCGUCCCAGUACAAUCCAAGCUGGUCUCCGGAACGUUCUAGACUCAACAACCCAGAGAAUGGUUGGACCCCCGCUGAGGACACGAACAAGGAAUGGAUUCAGGUUGAUCUCGGGUUCCUGCGCUUCGUCUCCGCAAUCGGCACGCAGGGAGCCAUCUCACAAGAGACCAAGAAGAAGUACUAUGUGAAGUCCUAUAAGGUGGAUGUGAGUUCAAAUGGGGAGGACUGGAUCACUAUUAAGGAUGGACCGAAACAGAAGGUUUUCCAAGGGAACACCAACCCUACAGAUGUGGCUGUAGCCAAGCUUCCCAAGCCUACGUUGACAAGGUACCUCCGGAUUCGACCCUACUCCUGGGAGACCGGCAUCGCUCUGCGCUUUGAAGUGUUUGGAUGCAAAAUCUCAGAGUAUCCAUGUUCAGGCAUGUUGGGAAUGGUCUCAGGCCUUAUCACAGAUGCCCAGAUCACAGUGUCAUCUCACACCGAGCGCACCUGGGUGCCGGAGAAUGCCCGUCUGCUGACUAGCCGCUCAGGGUGGACGCUAUUACCACAGCCUCAAGCCUAUGUGGACGAGUGGUUGCAGGUGGAUCUGGGUGAGGAGAAGCUCGUGCGAGGUUUGAUCAUCCAAGGAGGCAAACAUCGAGAUAACAAGGUCUUCAUGAAGAAGUUUCGACUGGGCUACACUAACAAUGUCUCUGACUGGAAGAUGGUGAUGGAUGCCACUGGCAACAAACCCAAGAUCUUUGAGGGAAAUUUGAACUAUGACACACCGGCGCUGAGGACCGUAGAGCCGGUAUUGACACGCUAUCUGAGAGUGUAUCCAGACAGAGCCACUCCUGUUGGUAUGGGACUUCGAUUGGAAAUCUUGGGCUGUGAAAUGGAAGUGCCCACAGUGCCCCCCAGUACCCCCACUCCCUCCACGUCCCCAUCAGAUGAGUGCGAUGAUGACCAGGCCAACUGCCACAGUGGAACAGGUGAUGACUACGACCAGACAGGUGGGAUCACUGUGCCAGAGACGACUACAAAGUUGAGCACCGUUCCAGGUGAGAAAGACUUCUUGUUGUUUGCCUGUGAUUUCGGCUGGGCCAGUGAUCCUUCAUUCUGCGGCUGGAUAUCAGAUGAAACCGGGUUCAGGUGGCAGAUUCAAUCCAGUGGAACCCCAACUCUAAACACCGGGCCCAACAUGGACCACACAAGCGGAUCGGGAAACUUCAUCUACACGCUGGCCACAGGUGCACAAGAGACAGAAGUGGCUCGGUUAGUGAGUCCGUCGGUGUCCGGCCAGCACUCGAAUCUGUGCUUGUCCUUCUGGUACCACAUGUUUGGCUCGCGCAUCGGCACGCUGCACAUUAAGCAGCGCAGAGAGACAGCUCAGGGCACGGCUGAUGUCCUGCUAUGGACCGUCAGUGGUCACCAAGGCAACCGUUGGAGGGAGGGGCGAGUGCUGAUACCGCAUUCUAAUAAACCGUAUCAGGUGGUCAUUGAAAGUGUUGUGGAGAGGAAAAGCUGGGGAGACAUCGCAGUGGACGACAUCAAAAUCUUAGACAAUCUGAACAUGGAUGACUGUAAGGACCCAGAUGUCCCAGCAGAGCCAAUACUACCUGAAGACAACUUUAAUGAAAUCAUUGUAGACACGGAUUUCCCUGAGAUUGUGGAAAACCGUGAGAUCGACGGAGCAGAAAACCAUGAGAUCGGCGGAGCGGGGAACAUGCUGAAGACGCUGGACCCCAUACUCAUCACCAUCAUCGCUAUGAGCGCGCUGGGCGUCUUUCUCGGCGCCAUAUGCGGCGUGGUUCUCUACUGCGCCUGCUCCCACAGCAGCAUGUCCGACAGGAACUUAUCCGCCCUUGAGAACUAUAACUUUGAGCUGGUGGACGGCGUCAAGUUAAAGAAGGACAAGCUCAACCCACACAACUCGUACUCAGAAGCGUAAAGCGCUAACCAAUGAGAGGGAACCUCUCCUCAGGGAGGGCGGGGCUAAAACGGACUGCCGAUGCCACCCGUUUGGGAGGAGGACAAGGCUCUGUGGUUCAGGGAACCGAUGGGUUGGGGUUUGGGACUGAGCCAUGCUUUUCUCAGGAGCUGCAGUGAACGGAACCUACCAGUAGGGGACACUGUGUACAAAACAUUGAAUACAAGGAUUUCAAAGAAAAAUGAAACAUGAGAAUAUGUACAGAUGAUUGAAAUUUAUUGAUUUAAUUUUUUUAUUUUAUUGUUUUGUAUUAUUUUCAGUUGAUCAUUUUUACAAUCGGAUGCUGGUUUUGAGACCAAUAUAUAAUAAUGUUAUAAAAUAUUUAUCGUUUUUUUCUAAGAGGAAAAAUCAAUUAUUUUUAUUUGUUUUGCGCUUUAAGGAGAUGUGUAAAAACCCCAAAUGAACCAUAUAUGGCUAACCCCACGAUAGGGAAGGGAUCACAAGGGGGUGGAAUAUCAUCCAGCCCUGUUGCAUUCUGGGUAUGGUUCAGUCAGUGCCUUUGGUACAUCUUUUUUGGCCUUUUCUGUUGAUGUUUUUAACCCUUCGGUUCUCAAAACAGGUUGUCGGUCAAAUCUGCAAAACAAACCCAGUAAUUCAUAGCGCUUUAAAUGUUCGAAUCCUGCAUAUUGUACAUAAGUUUUAAUAUAUUUUAUUGCCCUUUUCAAAGAAACGAGUAAAAGGACAAAAAAAGAAGCUGCAGUAUCCCUUUUUCUUGGGUUGUAUGUUGUAAAUACAAUCGUCUGACUGUUUUGUGGAAGUGAAAAUCGUGCGCUUUAUUUCGUCCUGUUAUUUUUGCUACGUUCCCAAAAGAUGCAGCUCUUGUUGAAUACAGGUGUCAAUACAAAUCUAGUGCACAUUCACGUCCUGUUUCGGGAUGGGAACGGCAUCUUAUGCUCUCAUACACACUCCACCAUGCGAUUUUUGGAUACAGGAUUAUGAGAAAACAUUGCAUUCACAUUUAUGGGUGGACAUCCGUCAUGCACAACUAUAAGAUAAUCACACUCAAAAUGUCUGUAUGUCCAGCAUACCAAAAAAAGGAAAAUGAGACCCAUCGACAUUGCUUUGAUUUGAUGACCCCCAAAUAUUUUUUAUCUGCCUCGAAGUGCAUAUUUUAUCAUCCGUCGAGCUUGAAUGCAUGUCGUCCGUCAAUCUUCUUGAAUAAAACUCUCUUAUCAGGGGGAAACUGUCAUUUUAAGAGUGGUGCUAUUUAAGUCAUAUCCUAUACGCUGAAAAAUGUUUUUAGCACAUCAUGAACUAUUCACGAGCACAUCCCAUCAUGAUUGCUGGUUGAGUGAUGUCAUUUUUGUCAUUGUGGCCUUGUGUCUGUACCAAAGGACUGUUGCUUUAAACCGCAGGGUCCAAUCACAAACUAUACUCUCACGAAGGCGAUUUGGAUUUUGGAAAGGGGUCAAGCUAAUUUAUUGCAAUGUUUAUAAUACUGGUUUCAUCAUUCACAACCAUCACACACAACAGCUUUGAUUCAGAAGAGAACGGACUGUCGAAUCUGUACUUUAGCAAUGGCUUACACAUGUAGUUUAACCAAUAACAGGGCUUCACUGCUGACAAUACUAAUGUUUUCUACAGGUUUCUUGGUAUGUUCAUGUACUGUGUUGUAUACUGUGCCGAACACAUUUUUAAUUUCUUUCCGGUAGAUUCUGAAUCCAAGUGUCGAUGCUACAUGUGUGUCAGUUGAAAGGUUAAAGGGGGCCGGCGUCAGUCGGGAUUCUGUGAGAAAGCAUACUGUAGCAUAUAUACUAAAAAGAAACAAUGUUGCACUGAUCGAUAUAUUUGAUGAAGUUUGUGUUUAUAGCAUUCAUUUGUAAAAAAGAAAAUGGAAAUAAAAAAGACAGUGUUCAUUUUUUAAAAUAGUUUCAGAAUAUGUAAUACGAUUCUGAAAUGAUCGAUUAUCGAGAUGUUUUCAUUAUUGAAAAAGGUAUACAGAUUUCCUAUAGUAAAGUUCCCAUUUACCUGACUGAUUAUCUUUUCGUUUUUGUACUGUCGUUCAAAUUUUGUGCUGAUUUUUUUUACCAGAAGAUGAGGAAGAAAAGAUAAAACUUUUAUUUUCAAUACUGCCUCUGUAAUUUGCUGUUGUAGGAAGGAAAACAUGAAUAAAAACAGCAAGGCCUUAAAAUGGA